AUGUCUCAUACGUUGACUAAGCCGACACCCAAUGUAGCAACACAUAAUCCAUGGAACAAUCGAGCAUCACCCCACUACAACCACAUUGGACAGUCGCUAGGUGCAUGUAGUAUAGUAACGCCUGCUGGCCAGGUGGGCAUUCACCCAGAUGGCAGUAUACCUAGCGACCCUUCGGAGCAGAUUUGGGUGGCCCUGACCAAUCUCAGUCGCUGCCUCGAGGCAGCUGGAGCUGACGUGAUAGAUAUCGUCAGGUAUACCCAAUACAUUGUUGACUAUGACUACAACAAUCCAGUGCACCGAAAGCCAUUGCAGGAGUUCCUGGGCGAGCAUCGGCCUCCUUCCACGUUGAUACCAGUUACGAAGCUUGCGUUACCCGGACUUGUGUACGAGAUCGAGAUUACGGCAGCAGUGCCACAAUUUCCUACAGAGAAAGUAGAUGUCGUGGUGGUGGGUGCCGGCUUAAGCGGGCUGCAGACUGCCGUCAAGCUACAGAAGGCGGGUCUCCGAGUCAAGGUCCUCGAAGCACGAGAUCGUGUUGGCGGCAAGACAUGGUCUCGACCAGUCCGUGGAAGCAUCUGUGAUGUAGGAGCUGCUUGGAUCAAUGAUACGAAUCAGUCCAAGAUGUAUGCUCUUGCACAACGCUACAAGCUGGACCUCAUCGAGCAGAACACUGAAGGCAGUAUUGUGGUUGAUGAAGGCAUUGGAAAGCAUAAGUUGCAUCCGUAUGGCGAACUGAUCGCUGAUGACGAUGAUAAGGAAGAUAUCGAGGACGCUGUACGAGUCCGCAGCAUCUUCGAAGAGACGCUACAGCAGAUCGAUAUCCGCAAUCCAGUUGCUUCAGGCCAGGCUGUACGGAAAGACCUCGACAGCAUAACAUUCAAGGAAUGGAUCAAAUCGCUGGACUGUCGCGAGUCUGCUGUCAAUGCACUCACCGUCGGCGCACGUGCGAUGCUGGGUGUUGAGCCGGCUGACAUGAGCGCUUUGUAUUUCCUCGACUACUGUAAGUCGGGCGGCGGGUACCUUACCAUGCGGUCGGAUCGCAAAGAUGGAGGGCAGUAUCUGCGCAUCAGGCAAGGCACGCAGUCGUUUAGCACAGGCCUUGCAAACGAGCUUGAGCCGGGCUCGAUCGUGCUUCAGUCGCCAGUAAGGGUGAUACGACAGGAAGAUAAUAUCGUUCGGGUUGUGUCCAAUAGGGGUAGCUACGAGGCUUCUCGGGUCGUUGUCUCAAUUCCGACGCCUAUGUAUGGCGAGAUCACAUUCGACCCACCGCUGCCGCAAGAGAAGAUAGCACUUGCUACAUCGACGAGACUUGGCGAUUAUUGCAAAGUCAUCGCUUUAUAUGACAGUCCAUGGUGGCGGGCGCAUGGCUUGACCGGCAUGAGUCAAUCAGUAAAGGGUCCUUUUGCAGUGACUCGAGACACGAGUAUCGAGGCUGAUGGACACUUCAGCCUGACAUGCUUUGUCGUCGGACAGCCAGCACGAGACUGGAUGCUCAAGUCGCCUGCCGAGCGUCGGAAGGCGGUACUUGACCAGAUUGAGAGACUCUUUGGUCCUUUCGCGAAAGUGGAGGAGCCCUUGGAGGUUGUCGAGCAGAUAUGGCAGAAUGAGCAAUGGAGUCAAGGAUGUCCUUGCCCGGUUAUGUCUUCAGGCAUGAUGACUGAAUAUGAAGCCGUGCUACGAGCACCAUUUGACCGAAUUCACUUCGUUGGCACAGAAACAGCGUACGAAUGGAAAGGGUAUAUGGAAGGCGCAGUACGAUCUGGCGAGAGAGGAGCAGAAGAAGUUAUAUCAGUUUUGGAGAAGCAGCAAGCACAUCCAUUGAAGUCACUCUGA